AUGGUACCACCGAUCGCACAAAACCGAACACUUUUGUCCAACCAUCCGGACAAAGUCCGCAUGCUUGUUCUUGAGACAGACGAGACACAUCCCGACACUCAAAAAGAGACUGGCUCCUUCGGAGUCGUUCUAGGUGAGCUUCUCAAGAAAGCUGGAGACGAGCACAAACCUAGUCUGGGUAUCGAGACCUCCAUGCAAUAUGUGGUUGAGCCUAAAGGUGGCGCGAUACCGAAGCUAGAGGAAAUUGGCGACGACGUACAUGCCAUCCUCAUAACAGGAAGUUGCUGGGACGCACACGGUGAUGAUCCUUGGAUCCUCAGACUUAUUGAGUUUAUCAAAGACGUUUGGACACACCGCCCCGACGUUCGCUUCACAGGAAUAUGCUUCGGACACCAAAUCCUCUGCAGAACUCUCGGCUCCACGGUCAACCCACAGAAGGAUGGCGAAUGGGAACUGUCCCAUCAGCCGAUUCAGUUGUCCGACAUUGGCCGCCAUCUCUUCAAUCUGCCCGAAACCCAAACUAAGAUUCACCUUCACCAAAUGCAUCUUGACCACGUCGUCAAUCCUCCUUCUACCGAGACGACCGAUUUAAUACCAAAGGACACUAAGGUUCACGUUUGGGGAACUAGUGAUCAUACUGGCGUCCAGGGCGUGUAUAUCCACAAGAGGUUGUUCACCACGCAAGGUCACAUGGAGUUUGAUGAGGCCUUAGUCAAGAGGCAACUUGAGAUGAGGGUCGAUAGUGGGAGUGUGAGCAAGAAAGAAGCGGAUGAAGCUGCUGAGAGAGCGGAUUGGAUGCAUGACGGUCUUCUCGUCGCGAAAGCGGUGUUGAGGUUCUUCCAUGGUGACGACGAUAUAUACACAUAA